AUGCAGUCUGUAUCACCGAACCACAGGAAAGAGAUCGCCCGUGAACAAUCACACUCGUUGCCUGCCUCACCGGAGCACAAACCGGGACGACGGCAUUCCGAAUGUUCAUCAGACAGUAUUUCUGGCUCAUAUGAGUCGGAUUUUUCCAACCCAGACACAAAUGUCCCGGCAGAAGAGAAUCCUGACACACGAUCUGAUCAAUCGACAGUGGUCGAGGAAUUGGAUAGACCGGAACCAAAUCGAUCCACUCCCAUAUCGGUGAACGAGGAUGAUGAUGAAGACGACCACGACGACGAGGAGGAGAGUGAUAUGACCGAUGUGUCUCACGAAUUCCCCGGGCAGCAUGCAAACAACACACCAGUGGAUGUAGCUCUGGCUAGAAAUUCCCAUUUGAUACCGGAUUAUCAAGACACGACUGAAAUGAGACAAUUCCAUGCUCGUCAAUUGACCAAGGCAAUGACUCGGAUCAACAAGAAAUUACAAACCAUGCGGAUACGUCCACCAUGGCGAGAUCCGAACUCACAUCCAUUACCCAGUGAUCGAACUGCCUCAUUUUAUGAUCUCUAUGAAGAGUUUACACGAAACGCGAAAGAUCGACCUCCGACAGAACAUGUGCGAUGGUNGCGAUGGUUAUCGCAAAGUGAAAUCGCUGUCUGUAGACCAUAUCAUGCCACGUUGAAUCGAUAUCGUCAACAAGAACGAAUACAGCUGGAGAAUUACGCCCUAGCAAAGCGACUACAAAAUGUGCGACCAUCUCCCGGAAUGACAAGACAAGAACAAUUGCGCGAAUACAAACGAUACUUUAUUCCCUCCACUUGUUUUAUAUCCCGUCCGCAAACUUCCACACGUCGUCCGGGCACAGCGGCCGCGUCGUAUCGAGUCGACCAUNCCAUGCCGGGGAUCAUGACAGCAAGUCCAUGA